AUGUUGCAGUGCUUGUCCUUCUGCCCGCUCAACACAAAUUCCUGGCAGACAAAGUGCAACUGGCACAAGUGCGGUGGCUGCUCAAACCACUGUUUAACUCAGUGCAAGCACCACUGCACGACAAACUUUUCGCCGUGGAGCCUCAAGUGCACCUGGGGUGACUGUCGCGGCUGCUUCCCAAACUGCCGGGUCUCGCAACACGUCGAGCACUUUUGUGGCGGAUCCCUCGUGAACAAGCGGUGGGUGCUCACCGCCGCGCAUUGCGUGUACAACAAGGUCGACUUAAUCACCAUGUCUGCGAUCAUCGGCCUAGAUAGGGAGGACGUGCUUCGGAACGCAGGCGGCGACCCCGGUCAGGUGGGAGACGAAUGCGUGGAGGUGAUAAAGGUGGCUGAGGUCAUCGUACACGAGGGCUACACAAACAGAGGGAGCAGGAACCAAAGCAACGACAUCGCCCUGAUCCGGCUCGCCACCGAUUCGCUUUACCCGCCCAUCACGACCCUCGACAGCGCCGGCCUCCCAGCGGCGAGCAUGGACGACUCGGCGGCAUCUGCGGAUCUGCAAAUCGCCGGAUGGGGGAAGACGACCGCGUCGAGCAGCUUCUACGACGGCCCGGCUAGGCAGACCACGGUGCCAAUCAUGGACUUUACUCGGUGCAGGUCGAUCUUUGAGCUUGAACGGGACAUUUCAGAGGCGGGUGACAUGAUCUGCGCCGGCGGAGACGGCCUCGACUCCUGCGCAGGAGACUUGGGCGGCCCGCUCUUCAGUGGCGAGGUGAAGGACCGCGUCCUCGUCGGGCUGGUGAGCUUUGGGCUGAUCGGUUCGUGCGGCCAAGGCGGCGUCUACACGCGGGUGGCGCACUACAGGGACUGGAUCUGCAGGGUCACGGGCGGGGACGUGUGCCCGUCCCCCCCCUCCCCGGCCCUGCCCCCGUCAUCGCCGGCGCCACCACUGCCUCCACCAUUCCCGCCCUCUCCGCCGCCCGCAUCACCGGCGCCGCCCACUCCUCCACCGCCGCCGUUGCCGCCGAACUCGGUCGUGUCUACAGAGUGUGGCUGCUCUCCUGCAACGUGGACACUUGCCAUGUCCGCGAACUCUCCAUGCAGGGUCACGUGCCUCUUGGUCGACCCAGGGUUCGACGAGGCGAGCCCCAGCGACGUCUACAUCGCCUUCGCCAACGACUGCCCGGACAUGCAAAGCAUCUUUGGUCCCCUUCCGCAAGAGUUCCUAGACUAUGACCAUCUGACGUACUCGAGAGUGGAGACCCAGUACUCGAGCAGCGGGCUCGCAGUCUCCUUUGACGCCCCCGUCGAUCUUGCUUCGUGCGGCGGCACGCCGACGUACGCAGUGUCUGCCGGCGUUGGCCAAGAGUACAAUUCGAUCCUUUCGGGGUCGAGGUCGACCAACUGCGCAAGUGGCGACUAUCUUGUCCACCGAUGCAUCGUCAGGAAUGGCCGCAAGCGGUGCGGGAACGUCUGCCUGCGAUGGUUUCGAUGGUAUAAGGCCAUCACCAACAGCGGCAGCGCCAGCCCUCCUCCGCCGUUGCCGUUGCCACCGCCACUGCCACCACUACCGCCGCCACGCCCGCCGUCACUGCCAAACGCGGCUUGUAAGAUCGGAUGCCGCGGGCUGACUUGCGCCGACCACAGCUUCUUGCCCUGUAGCACCCUUGCCCAGUAUGGCACACUCCACUACGAGGCCCAACUGCCUGUCAGCGAGGAGGACACCACCAUCGGCAACAUCGUCGACACCGUGGAGGCGAGGCCGGCUGAGAGAUUCUCCGAGAUCGCCGCACCGUCUCUGACCACGGGCAUUUGCGCCCAACAGGCGGCCAUGGGGGCCACGGAGGAGUCUGAAAUCGAGCUCCUGCAGCAGGAUGGUCCGAUUACCUUUUACAUCGCGGACGGGCAGCAGGUCACUGGCGACCAGAUUAAGACGGCCGUCAAGUCACAGUGCUAUGAGGGCAGCGAGUGCGACGUCAACGCAACCGAAACGCAUGCCGAGCUCCAUCGCUGGCGCGGCGUGCAAGUGCAAGCGGAGUCAGCGGGGUCGGAGAUCGACGUUGCCAUCGAGGCCACUUCUCUGGGCUCGAGCUGCGAGAUUGGCGAUGUCAGCUCGGCGCUCGCCCACACGACAGGCUCCAACGUGUCGACCGUGUCCGAGGACUGCGUCGCACCGCCGAGGCCGCCGCCGUCGCCGCCGCCGUCACCGCCGUCUAUACCGCCGUCGCCCUCGCCGCCGCCGCCGUCGCUGCCGCCGGCCCCGCCGCCACCGGCCCCUCCGCCGCCCACUCCGCCGCCGCCGUCGCUGUCGCCCUCGCCGCCGCCAGCGGAAACCGCUCGCAAUCGGGCCAUGACGUGCCCCUCUUAG